CGCAGACAGACCCACGAGCCGGGCAUCCGGCAGAGGGGCGCGGGGGACCUGACUCGGGGUGGGUGAGACUGUGACGGACCUGGAGGAGAAGGCGGAGGCCUGAAUGCGACACCCUCCCGGCCUCGGGCAAGUGUGGCUCCCCACAGACUUGACAGACCGCACAGCUGGGUCGGGAGUUUAUCAGUGAGAUCCGACACACACACCCUGCAUCUGGAGGCAACGGACUUUCCAGCACCUCAAUGGCCUCCACAAAGAAGACACUUCAGGGUCUUGUUGCUGCAACCAUCACACCGAUGACAGAGCAAGGAGAAGUCAACUAUUCGUUAAUUGGUCAGUAUGUGGAUUAUCUUGUGAAUGAACAGGGAGUGAAGAAUGUUUUUGUGAAUGGCACAACAGGAGAAGGCCUGUCCCUGAGUGUCUCGGAACGUCGCCAGGUCGCAGAGGAGUGGGUGAUGCAAGGGAAGAACAAGUUAGAUCAGGUGGUGAUUCAUGUAGGAGCACUGAGCUUGAAGGAGUCACUGGAACUGGCCCAACAUGCAGCACAAAUAGGAGCUGAUGGCAUUGCUGUCAUUGCACCUUUCUUUUUCAAGCCCUGGAACAAAGAUAUCCUGAUUGAUUUCCUAAAGGAAGUGGCAGCUGCUGCCCAUGAAUUGCCUUUUUAUUAUUAUCACAUUCCUGCCUUGACAGGGGUAAAGAUUCGUGCUGAGGAGUUGUUGGAUGGGAUUCAGCAUCACAUCCCUACCUUCCGAGGGCUGAAAUUCAGUGACACAGAUCUCUUAGACUUCGGGCAAUGUGUUGAUCAGAAUCGCCAGAGACAACUUGCUUUCCUUUAUGGGGUGGAUGAGCAACUAUUGAGUGCUCUGAUGAUGGGAGCGACUGGAGCAGUGGGCAGUACCUAUAACUACCUGGGGAAAAAGACAAACCAGAUGUUGGAGGCUUUUGAACGAAAGGACUUCUCUUCAGCCCUGAACCAUCAG